AAUCCAAACCUUUUGACCAGCUUUAACACCCCUAUGCUUUAGUUUAGCGAAAUGUCAUCUCAAAGUUCCUACGUCUGCAAUGCAAGAUGCGUUGUGCUAAUAAAAUAAUUUGACCAUCACACGAUAAAUUAAAGAUCUAGCCGGCAAGCCAUUCACCUCAGAUUUUUGUCUCACUCGUCCCAAGCGAGGUAAUCAGCACACUCUCUUCCAGAGGCUGAUGUGCGUGUAGUUCUCUCCCUUGCUGUUAAUGGAAGACUUGCAGCAUGCACUUGGGAAGCGGGGUUUAACAGUUACCACCCUGUCGGACAAAGGUCGAUGCCUGUUCACAACCAGAGAUUUCUCUCCAGGGGAUGUGAUUAUAAGCCAAGAGCCUUAUGUUUGUGUACCCAAUGAGUCGAGGUGUGAUGGGUGCUUUUCUUCAAGUAAUCUUAAGAAGUGCUCGGCUUGUCAGGUCGUUUGGUACUGCGGGAAUGCAUGCCAGAAGUCAGAUUGGAAGUUGCAUCGUCUUGAAUGCCAUGCUCUCUCGAAACUUGAUAAGGAUAGGAAGAAAUCUCUAACACCUUCUAUUCGUUUGAUGGUUAAACUCUGCGUACGAAGAAAAUUGCAAAGUGAGAAGACUAUCCCAACUACCAUGAUGGACAGCUACGCUCUGGUGGAGGCUUUGGUGGCUCACAUAUCUAAUAUCAAUGAGAAGCAACUGAUCUUGUACGCGCAGAUGGCUAACCUUGUCAGCUUAAUAGUUCAGUGGCAUGAGAUCAACAUAAAAGAGAUCGCAGAGAACUUCUCCAGGUUUGCAUGCAAUGCACAUACCAUUUGUGAUAGUGAACUGCAACCACUUGGCACAGGAUUGUAUCCUGUUAUUUCUGUUAUUAAUCACAGCUGCGCACCCAAUUCUGUCUUGAUGUUUGAGGGUAAAGUAGCGGUUGUUCGUGCUGUGCAACAUAUACCUAGGGGUUCUGAGGUUUUGAUAAGUUACAUAGAAACAGCUGGAAGUACCAUGACUCGGAAAAAAGCCCUCAAAGAGCAAUAUUUUUUCACUUGCACGUGUCCCCGCUGCAUUAAAAUGGGCCAGUAUGAUGAUAUUAGAGAAAGCGCAAUUUUGGAAGGUUACAGAUGCAGGGAUAAUGGUUGCAGUGGUUUCCUGCUCCGGGUUUCUGAGGAUGAAACUUUUAUUUGCCAGCAAUGUGGAUUUGUUAGAUACAAGGAAGAGAUGAAAAAGAUAGCUAGUGAAGUAAAACCAAUGAUGGACAAGGCUUCCACAGCUCUAUCAUCUGGCAAUUAUAUAGAAGCCCGUGCCAUGUACAAGAUCAUUGAGAGACUCCAAAUGAAAAUGUGCCAUCCAUUUUCACUCAAUUUGUUGCGAACAAGAGAAACUAUAGUGAAGAUUCUGAUGGAGCUGCAAGAUUGGAGAGAAGCACUAUCAUACUGCAGAUUGACUAUUCCCGUUUAUCAAAGAGUAUAUCCAGGAUUCCACCCUUUGCUUGGACUUCAGCAUUAUACUUGUGGGAAACUUGAAUGGUUACUUGGGCUCACAGAGGAUGCUGUCAAAUCAUUAACCAAUGCAGUGGACAUACUUAGAGUAACUCAUGGCACAAAUACGCAUUUUGUGAAGGAGCUUCUAAUCAAGUUAGAGGAGGCACGCGCAGAAGUUGGUUAUAGUUUAUCAUUGAAGGAUGAGUAGCAACAUCCACCUUCUGAUCAAAUCCAGGGGUAUGGUCGAGGAAAUUAACAAACAUUAUCUCAUUAUGUCGAGCUUUCGUUCAGUCAGUACAACCAUGUAGCACUGGUCAUUCGGUCAUUCCCAGAAGCCUUCUGAUUGAUUGCUGGGAAUGUCUGCUGCAGGCUGUCACAGCAGGCUUGGAUUUUUUUAUGAUCAAUCAUUGGUUGUUCCUAGACAUGUUCUGUGGAAAUUUUGUUCAGUCAUCACAACCAUGUUCAUACCUUGAGCUUCUGCCUCUGACAUAUUACUUCACAACUGUAUAGUGGACUUUCUAUAGCAGCAGCCUGUCUUUCCUGUUGAUUAUUUCUUUCCCACCUCUAUGGUCUAGUUUUGUGGACUGUGUUACAUUGAUCUGUUAACUUUAGACCGUAUUAAGAAUAAGAUGACAGUUUGCUUCAAGAAA